CAAACUUAGAAACUAUCGAACUAUAAUUGACUGAUCAAGAACAAAACUUCCAACCUCAUUACUCCUCCAUCUUUUUUUCUUCUAACAAUACGAACUCUUGCAUACUCCGCCGUUCCCGUCAUCGCGUUGCAGCAACCACGGAGCUGCCACAGCUCAUGGCAGGGCCAAAGUCGUCAUCUCACGUUCCCAAAUUCGGUAAUUGGGAUUCCGAUGACGUACCGUACACCAUCUAUUUCGAAAACGCCCGUGAACUCCAAGCCGCCGGCAUCACCUUCGAUCCCAACGAUCCCGACACCUACCCGCCGACCGCCGUCGCAAACCAAAAUUCAAGCCCAGCCAACCACCACCGUUAUCACGAUGGCGACGACUCCCACCAGCGGCGAGAGAUUGUGAACUCCGGGUCGGAGAAAUUAAGCAGUGAGAGAAGCGAUUCGGAUUACGCGCUUCUGAAAGCGAAACAGAGUGGGAGGAAGAAGAAAAAUAGCAAUGGAGCGGAAGGAAUGAGUAGAUUUUCUCCGGCGACGGUGGACGGAAAGGGUAAUCGGAACCCUAGGGUGCGGCGGAAUAAUGAGGGGGAAAUGAUGGCGUCGGUGCCGAAAUUUGGAAGCUGGGAUGUGAGGGAUCCGAAAUCGGGAGAUGGAUAUACGGCGAUAUUCAAUAAAGUGAAGAUAGAGAAGCAAGUUGGAGGUUCUAAUGAUACUCAGAGUGUUCCGGCAUUGAUGAAUCAAACGAAGCAGCCAAUUACUCAAACAACUGUUGGUAAAAGUUCAAGUCAUGGAUCCACUUCAUUUGGUUCCAAGAUAUGCUGUUGUUUAUAUCCAAAGUGAAGCACAUCGCACAUCAUGACUGCUUCAAGAACAGACUCAAAACGGUGCAAAUGUAUUUGCUCAUUUUCACACUUUUAUAAAAUCUAUAUCCCUUCUUGUGUUUUGAUAUAAAUAAUAUCUUUCAUAAUUUCAAUAAUUAUAUUUAUCUUCAAUUAUAAAUACAAAUUAUUAUAAUGGAAUAAACCCAAUCUAGAAUUUGCUUGCUUCA